AUGGGCUUGUGUGCCUCUUGUGGGGUGUGGCACCGUCAUGGGACCCUCGAUCCGGAGAGCCGUCGUCGUGUGCGUCUAACACGUCACGAGUGUAUGGCCGCACUGAUUGGCGGAGCAGCGAAUAGGGACAAGGAGGUGGCAGUGGACGGGGCUUUCCAGGUUAAGGCGCCCCGUGCCUGCCGUGGCCACGGAAGCAGGCGCAAGGUGGAGGGCAGUCGCGGCAGACGUUUUGGUGGCGGCAAUGAGGAGGUUACUGCGGCGACACCUGGUAGUCGUGCCCGAAGAUACAGGCUGUUGCGGGUGGCGAAUGUGCUGUGUUCCGCCGCGCUAUCUUCAGGGGGUGGGAGGCUGGCGGCCGUGACAGCCCCGCCGAAGGAUGCGGUCCCCGCAGGAGAGAAGGGCGGGUCGUUCUUUGCGCACGAUGAACUGGUUCGGCAUGACGCGGGUGUCUGGACUUCACAAGACCCCGUCAGUAGGGCGGGCCUGCAUCAUCACGCAGGCGCCUCUGCGGACGUCGGGGACGUGGUCGUCUUGUGCCGGCAGAUAAGGCCGCAUCUGCAGGAAUGCCACGGUGGUGCGGUGAACUCUGGCAACGGGGGUACGAGUAACAUUUUAGCGUUGCGCAGAGAGCAACCAGCGGUAACGAACGCCGCUUUUCUGCCUGUGAAUACCGAGCACCACCGCAGUGAUGCAACAAACAAGGACGCACGGCGUGAGCACUGCGAGAGGCGACCUCGACGCAAUAUCUACCACCACCUGCUGCAGCCGAUGCACGGGCAUGUAAAGGCGGGGCGCGACGAGCGCACGGCAGGGAAUCGGUAUCCGCCGUAUGGUAGGUGCGGUGGCGCGCCAUUGCCUGUGCCGUCCUUGUUGCAUAAUGGGGCGUCUGCGCGGCACGUGGUGGAGUGCUUCAUUCAGACGUUGAUGAAGCGGGCGCGGGCGGUUGCGGAAUCCAACAAGGCGACCUUGCGUAACUCAUCUAGACAGAUCUCAACGCACAGCAACGAGGUGGGCACUUUGAAGGGUGGAAGCAAUGGGCACGGUAGCGAUAACGACGGCAUUAUUGGCAGCGAGAAGAAACGACAGCAGUGGCAGCAGGAGACAGAGGGGCAGCGAGGGCAAGACGCACUAGACGCGUUGCGGCUUGUGUCUCCGUAUGUAAAUAAAAAGGAGGAAGGUGAAAUUCAUUUAAUGCCCAGUUGUUGUGCCGUCACAACGGAACAGCACGGCUCUUUUCACCGUGGCCGUCUCAGUAACCAGGCGAUUGCGAACGACGGCGGAUUGUCAGCCGCGGGGGUUAUGGGACGGGAGGCGCGCAAAAAUAGUGCUGAGGAGUGCAGCCUCGUCAGCACAGCUGCCUUUGACGGUACGAUCAUGCCCUGUGAGGACAGCAUCACCAAGUGCAGUGUGAAGAGUUUCCGCGGGAUGCUUUGGCUUCCGCCGCUUGGCGCCGAUUCCCGUUCCCCGCCUAGCUCCUCCUUUGACAGCCUGAGCACCGCGCUGCAGGAAGCGGGGUACACCGGCCGCGGUGCGGACUGUCAUGCAGGGAGUAUUAUAGGCGAUGUCAGGGAUGCGAAUGUGAGUGAUUUCUCGCUCGUCUCCUCCAUACAGUCCUCUUCCCAGCUUCACAGUGGGUCCAUGGUGGCGAGUAGUUGCAGCCCCCACGACGCCGGGGUGGAUACACCCACGCAGUGGCCACCGUUGCACGGCGACACGGAGCUCACGCGUCUGCAGCGGCCGAAAGGAAAACUGCGCCGGAUACGUCCCUCCGACUUCACUCUGCCCACGUUCUUGCCGCGGGACCCGCAGGUGAAGAGCCGCAUCGCGCCCCUGACGCCGCAGCCGCCCAACCGUUGCCCCGAGACGCGUCGUCUCUCAAGAGCCAGGACGCACGAAACUGGCGGUCCCGGUCCCACAACGGCCACCGCAACCGCGGCAGCCUAUUCGUCGUCCCUCAUUGUAGAGGCGACGAGGACGGUGUCUAGCAGCUUGUCGUGA